UGGCGCUCCUUGGGGGCAGCCACGUAUGUAUUGAGCUCUGCCAAUUAUUCCUCUUUUUAGUGUUUAUUUUACGCGAGACCUAGCCCUACUUCGAAACUAUGUUUGUGAACUGUUCCCGAAUGUUUAUGGAACUCUUGUAGACAAGUUUGGGCAUAGUGGCAAGAGAUUUCUACGAAUUUGUGAGUUGAGAGUCUGACCGGAAAUGCCUCCACCAUGGGCGCAGACCCCGCUGCUGCGGUACUCCUUGAAUUUCCUGCGAGGACUAAAACGGGCAGCUGUGCCGACUGGUCCAGACCUGAAGGAACAUCUACUCCGCCUCGGAAUCUGGAAAUGGAGAUGCAGGCCAAGAGGGAAGAAAGCAGGGAAACUCUUUCAACUAACGCCCGGUCACUGAGCAACAAACUUGAGGAACUGGAACUACGACUCCGUGACCUCCAUUCUGGUGUCGCUAUCAUCUCCGAGACAUGGUUCCAAGAACAGUCACUAGCCGUGAUGACAGACAUUCAUGGCUAUACGACGUUCUCCCGACCACGCGUGGGACGACCAGGAGGUGGGGUCGCAGUAUAUGUCAGGGAUGACAUCCACUCGAGCGUCCUUGAUAUCCCCGUUCCUGAGGAGUUAGAGUGCACCUGGGUGAAGGUACGACCACAUCGACUCCCCCGGAAUGUAUCCAGUCUAGCGGUCUGCGCUGUUUAUUCACCCCCGGACUCUCCACACAGUGAGUUGCUAAUCGACCACUUAGUGAACACCGUUGAUUCCCUCCAGGUUAAGCACCCACACAUUGGGAUAAUCAUCGGUGGUGAUUUCAACCGCGUAGAUGUUAGCAAACUGUGUAUGUCCCACAACCUACGUCAACUGGUAGACCGCCCUACAAGAGACCAAGCUACCCUUGACCUCAUAAUCACCAACCUGAACUCCUACUAUUCCACUCCGAGCAUAUCCGACCCCCUUGCCACAAGUGACCAUAACACCGUCGUCGUGCAAGCAAAGAGUACACCUGUCAGCAACAAGAUCAUCAAGCGGGUUUGUAGGCCUUUCCGUGACUCAAGUAUACGUCUAUUCGGUCAGUGGAUUACUACCCAUGACUGGUCGGAAGUCCUGUCAGCCCCAACCACAGCCGAGAAGUCCCGUGUUUUCUACAACACCCUGCAAUCCAAGAUGGACCAUUUCUUCCCCGUAAAACUCACCCGCCUACACAUGUUCGACAAACCUUGGAUUACACCUGAAAUCAAGUCAUUGAUCUACCUGCGCCAAAAAGCCUUCGUGAACAAUGACAAAAUGACAUACAGUCAUCUAAGAAACAACGUACAGCGCAAGAUCCACGCAUCAAAGGCAAAGUACUACCACACGAACGUCAAAUCAUUAAAAGAAGAAGACAUCGCUUCGUGGCACAGGCAGAUCAAGUCCAUGGCCAACUCUAACCGCUCGGAGCCUGACAUCCAGAUCGACGGUUUGGAUCCCAGCGACACACCUAGUAUUGCUAACGCAAUAAACAAAUCCCUUGCAACUGUGAUCAACUCCCUACCGCCGUUGGAUUUAUCAUUGCUACCAGCUUACCUACCGGCCCGACCUCCGCCUACAGUAAAUCACUGGGACGUCUACAUGAAGUUGCAAAAGGUCAAGACUCGUAAAGCGGCUGGUCCCGACGCCAUUCCCGGCAAGCUGAUCAAAGAGUUUGCUUAUGAAUUGAGUGUUCCGCUGGCAGACAUACUAAACUCAUCGCUCCAACAGGGUUUAGUACCAGAUGAGUGGAAAAACGCCACCGUUGUCCCAGUCCCCAAGUGCAAACCACCGUCCGUAAAUGAACUUCGGCCUAUCUCCUUAACAUCACUCCUGAGUAAGGUCGCAGAAAACUUCAUCUGCCAGUGGGCUAUGACAGACAUCCUCCCGAACAUUGACGCUCAGCAGUUCGAUCUUGUGACAGUCUACAUCACUUACAUCCGUCCCAUAACUGAGUACUGUGCCCCCGUGUGGCACCCCGGACUACCCAGCGUGCUCACCCCAAUUGCAAGGCGUCUGUUUUCCAGCCCAAAUUCUGAUUCCGAAGACACGCCUGUCAUGAAUGUACCGGGAGUUGGUGAGAAGCUGGGAUCGACUCUUCAAGGAGCGGGAUACAACACGGUUGGGGAUCUAAAGGAGCAGAUAGAGAACCAGUAA